AUGGAACCAACUGAGGACUAUCUUGGCUAUGCCAUCACCCUGGCUCCCAUGCGCGAGCGAGACGAGAUCCGGGCCCCCGGCGAAGAUUGGACUGGCGUGACGAAUACACGCUCGAGGAGAAAGCUGCAGAACCGAUUAAAUCAGAGAGCAACCCGAAGAAGGAAGCGACUCCUUGUAAAGUCGGAAUCUCCCCUGGUCGAUCAAGCCUCGAACGUCAUGACCAUCGCCAGUCGUGCCGCGUCCGAAAGAAGACCAGACGAGAUUGACAGCUUUGUUACCAGUAACAUGGUGGAUACAUUUCGCCAGUUUGCUGACGCGGCAUACCUUCGCUUUCUCCGCAGUUCGCCCAGUAUUGAGCAUUUACCAACCGUGAUACACGUUAACGUCCUUAAUGCCAUGGCUGGGAAUUCGCAUGCUCUUGGCUUGUCACAUCUCUGGCUGUUUUGCGACGCAAUGUCUCCCAUUUGUCAAUAUGGACCCUUGCUUGGUCCUGGGUUCGAGGGGAUUGCGCAAUGUCCCGAAAGCCUACGGCCCACGAAGCUUCAGCUCGAAGUUCCGCACCAUCCCUGGAUUGAUCUGCUCCCCGUUCCACAACUAAGGGACAACAUACUACGGGGCUGUGUGUUAUCAUACCGGUUUGAUGAAGACGAGUUGUGGUACGAUAUGGUUGAAAUGAAACCUGCCGAGGAGGAUGACGGUGCUGGCGAAAGCCAUAGCCCCUCGCUAUUAACGUGGGGAAAGAAUCCAUGGGACGUUGACGGAUGGGAGGUGACAGGUGCAUUUUUGAAGAAGUGGGGUUUCUUACUAAAAGGGUGUGAGCAGAUUCUGAAGUCGACAAAUUAUUGGAGAGCAAAGAGGGGAGAGAAAAGGAUCUGUGUAAACGCUGAUGAACUUGGAGUAGAGUGGAAGCAAUCAUAA